AUGUCGUUUCAAGGCUUAUAAAAAGCCCUAUUACUCAAUGGAUGGGAUAUGAUAUUUAAAACUCUGUUGUAUACACGAUGCAUCUAAACAAAAAGUUACAUAGAUAUUGUACAACUUAUUAUGGUUUGUAUAAUACUUCUUCUUUAUUUUCAAAUAUUACUAACUUUUAUGAAAUGUAAUUAACAAUUCUCAACAGUGAGCAAAAAUCAAAGGUUCGAAAUUUUAAGUUUUGGUAGAUAAUUUUUCUUUUUACUAGUCUUGAUUUAUAUAUAACAUAUGCCAGUACUCUAAUUAGGAUUGGUCCUCUUAACAAGCUUAUUAUAAACAAUAUCCCUUUAGAAGUAUCGUUGCACUCUUAAUAAAAAGAGUUAUAUUGUUUAGAUGGUAGUUGAGAAAUCAGUAACUAUUUUUACGCUUAGUUCAUUCGUUUAUAUCUCAAAAUUCAAUAAUUAUAUUUAUUAAGAGAAAAAAAUUAUAUUGGGAUGGAUUUAAGCCAUGAUACUAUCUACAGGCAUUAUUAUUGAACUAAUUUCUAUCUGCAUAGAAUCUAUAUUAAAAUUUAAAUUGAUGCGUAGAAAAAAAUCAGUAACUUAGAAAAGUCAAUUAUUUAUCUGA